CGCCACUGUGCUGAGUUCUCCCGCCGUGAUUGGGUGUGGGUUCUGGUGGUUCCGCCCCCUGGGCCGCGGGCGGAGCCUCGGUGUCCCGCCGCAACCCCUCAGUUCUGUGCCGCUGGUGUCCCCCUGGACGAGUGGAGUCUCGCUGCGCUCCGGACUGCUGCAUGGCCCUCAACAGCGAGCGCUUCGCUUCCCUCGUGGGGAGAACCGUUAGAGUCACGUUAAAAUGCGGCGUCUUCCAGGGGGUGCUGCAGCACGUGAAUCGCGACCGGAGCCUCCUCCUGCGGACAGUGAAGAACUUGGAAACUGGCAGAAGCACUCGAGGAGUAAAGAUGUUCUUUGACCAUGAAAUAGUCAAUGUGGAAUUGCUAGAUGAACUGGAUUCAGGGAAAGGAACAGCACUGCUCUCUGAGUUCAAUAAACCACAUGGAGAUAUUAUUACUGUUCGACCACCCAAGAACAAUGAUCCACACUGUGCAUACACCCACUUGCAAAAAGAAGAGACCUCUUUCAUUCAAGGAUACCCAAAAGAAAUAAUCACUUGCCUGACAGGAGCAAGGGCUCACUCAAGGAUUUAUCCAGAAGCAAAUCACUCACUAAGGAGAAGGUGCACUUCAGCUGUUGAAGGGAACAAACAAGCAGACUUGGAACCAGCGGAUUGUGGACCAUGGAGUUCUCCUUGUAUUUCCCUAGAAAGUCUGUUCAGAGACACAAAUAGCUUAAAAUACUCCCUCUCAGAGAAGAAGAAAGGGGAGACUGUGGAAUACAUAGUUGUUGAUUGUCUCCAGCAGAAAUUUGGUCCAGCAGUGCUGCAGCUAAAACAGCAGCAUGUUGUCAGUGUAGCAGGAGAAGGUGUUAAUUUGAGUCGUUAUGGAAAACUUUCAUGGCUUGAGGUGGCAACAAAGAGCUGUAUUUUUCUAUUUGAUAUCUUCCUUCUGGGACCUCGGGCUUUCAAAAAUGGAUUGCAAAUGGUACUGGAAGAUAAAAACAUCUUGAAGGUCAUGCAUGACUGCCGCUGGAUCUCAGACUGCCUCUUUCACCAGUACGGUGUCCUCCUCUUCAAUGUCUUUGAUACACAGGUUGCUGAUGCUCUGCAGUUCUCAAUGGCAACAGGCGGCUUCCUUCCACACCGUGUCUGCACGUUACAUGAGUGCUUGGUGCAGCACUUGAAGAUACCUUCCAAAUGGGGUGCCAUCAUGAAGUGCACGCAGCAGAUGGCUUCAGAGAAUCCUGACAUGUGGUUCUUGAGACCUUUUCCAGCUUCUCUACUUGAAGCACUUGCUCUGAAGGCGAUGUUGCUGCUGCUGCUCCACUCGUCUCUAAUGGAUAGCUUGAUGUCUGACCUAACAGCUGUAGUACAUGACUAUUUAAAUGUUUACCGGACUGGGUCUAGAGAUCACCUUGGGAGCACAAAGCCCAUUUGCAUGGAGCUACCAGAGGAGCUGCGUCAGCUGGCAGACAUCCAGAAGCUGCGAAGGGAGAAAGCAAUAAAAGAGUACAGAAUGAAUGAGGAUGGUCUUUUGAUCAGACCAGCCAUGGAAUUAAAAGAGAGAGAUGAUCUUCAGAAGGAUGGAAACUACAGAGAUGAUGGAGAUUGCUUUCCCACAAACAAAGUGGUGUCUCAAAUUACACCCUUUUUUAAUGAAGGUUUACUUUUGUCCAGAAAAGCUUGAAAAUCAAAAGCAAGUGGUAAAUCUGUGGAAGAAUCUUCAACUGCCCUCAAGCUGGCUGUAUGAAUCUAAUUCCUGGUAAAGGUGACUUGGUGAGCUUAGACUGGGUAUUGAAGAUAUCCAAAUGAAAAAAGAGGCUAUUCCCCAUGCAGAAGUAUCAAACAAAAGCUCCUUUCUUUACAAUUACAGGUAAACCAUUGUUGAAUGGAAAUAAUGAUGGCCUUUCUUUUGAAGGAAAUUCCUUCUGUGCCUGGCUGUUGUUCUUGAGGUUUGAUUUUGAAGUGGUUUUUGUGUUUUGGUUUUUUUUUCCUUCAAGAGCUAUUUUUUAUUUUAAAACAGUGACUUUCUUUCUUGCUUUGUUACCAGACCAAUGUCUGAAAUUGUAUUGGUUCUCUUGUUAGCUGUUGCAGGCAUGUAAAACUCUCAUCCAAUCCAGAUAUGUAAACAGGGGAACUUAUAAGAUGCCUGUUCACUGAGAUUAGAAAGAGUUUGCUUGGAAAAAUUAAAAUACCUUCUGGCCAACCCACAUGGGCUUGGCUUAUAUACAGAUAAAUCUCUUGGCAUAGCUACACAACAGUGUUUCGUAGGAGAAACAGAUCACACUCUACUGAACCACAAUGCUGGCAAAACCAGCAAAGAGGUUUGCUAAUGAAAAGGACUUUUCUGCCAAGUCAGUUUAGACUGAGAAAAGAGGUUUCCUGCUGAAAGUUGCACAGCACCAUUGUUUGCCAGCACUACUGCAUCAAACUUGUGUAGAUGAGGCUGUGACACUGGUGUGGUGUGUAUAUAGACAAGUGUGUAUAAAGGGGGCAGGGGAGAAGCAGUUAAAUUAUUUUAAAAGAUGAAGAGUUAAUUUAAAAGCAGUUUAAAUUAGUUCAAAAGACAAAAAAAUUCUCCUCCCUGCCAAGCAAAAUAAGAUACAAAGACAAAACCAGAUUAUUUCCAGUAUACUUGCUGUGGCUGGUAUCUAAUAAAAAUAAAGCUCCUCUAAUGGAUAGUACUAUUCUACCCCACGACAACAUUAAUGCAGGCUGUGCCUGAGUCUUGGAAAACUUUUUUUGGAACAUCAGUAUAUUUGACUUGCAGGCACAGGAUUGCUGAAAAUUACUUUGCUUUUGAAAUUCAGAAUUUAUACACAUUCAUAUAUUUAGAUAUAUAAAUACUGAUGUUUUAGCAUUCAAAUGCUUCAAAACGGGUGGGGAAUACUUUAAUCAAGUAACAGGAAGGUUUUGUUCCCAGGGUUGUGGCUAUGAGCAUUGGUGAACUCUGAGCAAUGUGAAAUAGGGAGGAAGGGAAGAGGUCACAGUCACUGUCCCAAUCCAACUGCAGCCCAGGAACCAUCUGGGCAUCAGGGUGCACAUGGUUUAAUGGCAAUGGUGCCAGGCUGCAAGAGUCAUGAUGUCUGCAUUUGAGCACCUACCAACUCCUGUUGGAGCCGAGUUUCUUUGGAUGUAAAUGGGUCUGACUAGAUGUUUAUGAGGUAUGUGUGUGUUUAUUCUAAAUAUUGCUGGGGAAAGUCUGUGUUGUUGGGGGGAUUGUUGGUGGUUUUUUUUCCUCUUCACAAAGAGUAGCUCAGCAGUAUUUAAACAGGUCUCUUCUUUGAAACUAUAGAUAGGAUUUGCUUACUUCUGGGAGUGGCAGAAAAACUUGCAAGGUUUGGUCUUCAUCAGUACUUGCUUUUUUUAAAAAUCCUUAAAAGUAUUCUGUAAUUAAACUGUAUAGUUCUUUUGUCUUGGUUCACUUUAGAAAAAUAAAACAGGUUUGGAACAA